UAUAUGCAGAGAUGGGGGGCUGGAGCUAAUUCUGUAUACUGAGGGACGACUGUAUAUGUUUUUACAAUUAUGCUGUAGGAUACAUACUGUUGCAUAGCCUUGAAAAUAAUAAUUUUUAAUUGAGUGGAAUAAUAAUAAUAUUGAUAAAACUAGCAGCUGGCCAGGUGUGGUGGCUCACACUGGUAAUCGCAACACUUUGGGAGGCUGAGGCAGGAGGAUGGCUUGAGGCCAAGAGUUUGUGAUAGGCUUUGGAAACAAAGGGAGUCACCAUCCCUACAGAAAAAUACAUGAAUUAGCCUAGUGUGGUGGCAUGUUCCUGUAGUCCCAGCUACUUGGGAGGCUGAGGUGGGAGGAUCACUUGAGCCCAGGGAGGCUGAGACUGCAGUGAGUCAUGAUCAGGCCUCUGCACUCCAGCCUGAGUGACAGAGUGAGACCCUGUGUCAAAACAACAAAAAAGUAGCAGCUAACAUCAACUGACCUUUUACCAGGUGCCUAUUAAUACCAUAGUUUAAUUUCUUAUAACUGUUUCUUAUUUCACUGACCAACUCUGUCUUCAGUUACUCCCAGAUGUUUACUGUGUUUGUACAGAUGACCUUUUGUUUAGAUUGAAUUGUCUCCCCAGAAGUAAGAUUACUGUGAGUCAUGGUGAAUGGACAUUCUCAUUACCCUUGAUGUAAAUUGACAAGGUUUUGGGUGCCUCCCAGCUAUAAUCUUAGCACUUUGGGAGGCUAAGACAGGAGGACUGCUUGAGGCCAAGAGUUGGAGGAGGCAGUAUGGCAGUAUGGUGAGACCCUGUCUCUAUUAUUUUAAAAAAUUGACAAGCUUUACCCUGGAAGGCUUAUACACAAUUUAAACACCCCUCAUAGUAUAAGAAAGUGCCCACUUCACUGCACUUUUGCCAGCACAGGGUAUUAUAAUUUAGUAAGUCAUUUUUUGUUUGAUUAUUUUAAAUAGAUAAAAGACCUCAUAUUACUUUACUUGUCACAUUUCAACACCUUUCCUUAGCUCAUUAGCUGUAUUUCUUUUCUGUCUGUAAAUGGUUGUUGUUGUUUUGUUCUUUGAGACAGGGUCUUGCUCUGUCACCAGGCUGGACUGUAGUGGCAUAAUCAUGCCUCACUGCAGCCUUGACCUCCCAGGCUCAAACUUCAGCAUUCCGAGUAGCUGGGACUACAAGUGUGCACUACCACUCCCAGCUAAUUUUUUUCUUUUCUUGGAUAGAGACAGGGUCUCACUGUGUUGUCCAGACCGGUCUCUAGCUCCUGGCCUUAAGCAAUCCUCCUGCAUUAGCUUCUCAAAUUGCUGGAAUUUCAGGCAUGAGCCACCAUGCCUGGCCUGGGCUAGUCCUAUAUUCUCUAGAGUUCUCUUUACUUUGUGCUAGCCAAUCUCUCAUUAUGCUAUUCACCUGUUAUAAUGAAUAAUUCUCUGUAUUAAAUUUUACCACUUUAAACUUUUGAGUGGUUUAUGCUUCCUGAUUGGACUCUGACUAAUAUGCUAGGAAGGGUCCCAGGAGAUAAACCCACACAGAUGGGAUUUGGGCAUAGGUUUGGUUUCCCAGGGGGCAGUGCCGAGCUCUUUGCCAGUGAGAAAUGGAAUGCUGGUGAUUUCCAGGAAGUGACCUCACAAUGACUCAAGCUACCACUUACUGUUGAUUGUGACAAAAUGCCAGCUGAGGCACAUGCCUUGGGAGCUAAGUGGUUGCUGCACUUGACCACUAUGAAGACUGGUGUGGGAAGGGUUGUUCUGGAUGCAUUUGAGCAGGGGUCCCCAACCCCUGAGCCAUGGAGCCGUAAGGAGCCACACAGCAGGAGGUGGGACCAUCUAGUUGCAGGAAAACAAGCUUAACACGCCCACUGAUUCUACAUUAUGCUCCUACCUCCUGGCAGCCUCUCCAGGCCCAGAACUUUCUCCAGUCAGCCUCUACAGACCAAGCUCAUGACUCACAAUGGCCUAUUUAGGCCCAUACCCUACCUCACGGCAGUCUCCGCAGAUGAGGCUACUGCCUCACAACAGCCUCCACGGGCACAGCUCCAUCGUUACAAUGGCCUCUUUAGACCCAGCUCCUGCCUCCCAGCCUUCUCUCUAGGCCCUGAACUUUCUCAAGUCGACCUCACCAGGCCCAGCUCCUGCCACUCAUUGGCCUCCCAAGGGCCAGCUUUUGCCUCACGGCCACCUUCCAAGACCCAGCUCCUGUUGUACAGUGGCCUCUCGAGGCCCAUCUUGUGACUCCCGGCAGCCUGUACAGGCCCAGCUCCUGCCUUACAACAGCCUCUUUAGUCCCAGCUCCUGCCUCUUUGCAGGAGGCCCAAAUGUCCUCAAGUCCAGGCCAUAAAAUCCAGGGCCAAAAUGUCCACAAGUCGGCCUCUCAAGGCCCAGCUCCUGGCUUUUGUUGGCGUCUCCAGGCCCAGCUUCUGCCCCCACGUGGCCUCUACAGGCCGUGCUCUUUCUUCUGACUGUGUGUGGAGGUCCAACUCCUGCCUCAGAACAACCUCUUCUGGCUCAGCUCCCGCCCAGCUCCUAGUGGCCUUUGUAGGCCCCAAACUGCCUCAAGUCAAGCUUUCCAGGCCCACCUUCUGCCUCCCAAUGGCCUGGACAGGCCCAGCUCCUGCGUGACAAUGGCCUCUCCAGGCCCAGCUUUUGCCUCACAGAGGCCUUCCCCAAACAAGGUCCUACCUGCCUCCCAGCAGCCUCAACAGGCCCAGAUCCUGCCUCACACUAAUUUCAUUAGGCUCAGCUCAUGCCUCACGGUGGCCUCUUCAGGCCCAGCUCCUGCCCUCCGACAGGCUGUCCGUGCCCGAAACUUCCUCAAGUUGGCCUCUCCAGGCACAGCUCCUGCCUAACAUUGGCCUCUUUAGGCACAGCUCAUGCCUUGGUGACCUCUCCAGGCCCAGCUCCUGCAUCCCAGCAGCUUCUCUAGACCGAGAACUUUCUCAAGUCUGCCAUUCCAGGCCCAACUCGUGCCUUCCGUCAGCCUCUACAGGCUCAACCUCUGCCUCACAGCAGAUUUUCCCGGCCCAGCACGUGCCUCACCGCAACCCCCUAGGCCAAGCUCCUGCCUUUCAGCAGCUGCUACAGGCCCCACUCCUACCUCGUGGCCUCUAGGGCAAGCUUAUGCCUCACAGUGGCCAUUGUGGCCCAGCUUUUGCCUUUUGGCAGCAUCUCCAGACCCAGAACUUCCUCAAGUGGGCCUCUCCAGGCCCAGCUCUUCCUCCCGGCAGCCUCUGCAGGCCCAGACUGUCGUCAGGUUGGCCCGUCCAGGGUCAGCUCCUCCCUCCCGGCGGCCUCUGCAGGCCCAAGUCGUCCUCAAGUCGGCCUCCCCAGGCCCAGCUCGGCCUCCCCGGGUGCAAAAGUUCCUCGAGUCAGCCUCUCCAGGCCCAGCUGCUCCUGCCUCCCAGUGGCGUCUUUCAGCCCAGCCCAGCUCAUGCCUCCCGGUGGCCUUCCCAGGCCCCGCUUUUGACUUUCGGCGGCCUCUGCAGGCCCGAACUUGACCUCCAGUCGGCCUCUCCAGGCCCGGCCUCCUGCUUCCCGAAGGCCUGCACAGGCCCAGCCUCUGCCUCACAGUGGACUCUCCACACCCAGCUAGCUCUCGCCUCACUGCAGCCUCCCCAGUGCAAAGCUCCUGCCUCUCAGCCGCUUCGGCAGGCCCAGCUCCUGCCUGCCAAUGGCCUCUUCAGGCCCAUGGGGCUCAUUCCUCACAAUGGCCUUUCCAGGCCCAGUUUUUCCCUUCCGGCGGCCUCUCCAGGCCCAGAACCUCCUCAGGUUGGCCUCUCCAGACCCACUUGCAGCCUCCCGGCGUCCUCUCCGGGCCCAGAUCUUCCUCCCGGCUGCGUCUCCAGGCCCGACUCCUGCCUCCCAACAACCUCUUUGGACUCAGCGCCUGCCCAGCUCCUGACGGGCCUGGUCGGCCCACAGCUUUCUCAGGCCAAGCUCCCCAGGCCCAGCUCAGGCCUCACGGUGGCCUCUCCAGGCUCAGCUCCUGCCCUCCGACGGUGUCUCCAGGCCCCAAAUGGCGUCCGGUCGGUGGGCUCCUCCAGGCCCAGCUUGGGCCUCCCGGCGACCUCUGCAGGCCCAAGUCGUCCUGAAGUCGGCCUCUCCAGGCCCAGCUCUGGCCUCCCAGCAAGCAAGCUCUUUUGGCUCAGCUUCUGCCCAGCUCCCACCGGCCUUUGUAGGCCCCGAACUUUCUCCAGCCAAGCUCUUCAGGCCCACCUCCUGCCUCCCGGUGGCCUGAAGAGGACCAGCUCUGGCUGGAGAACAGCCUCUGCAGGCCCCGCUCUUGCCUCCCAGGGGCCUCUCCAGGCCCAGCUCUCGCCCCACAGCGGCCUCCCGGGGCCAAGUCCCUGCCUACCUCCCGGCAGCCCGCGAGCCGCCCAGCUCCUCCCUCACGGUGGCCUGUUGAGGCCCAAGCCCAGCUUAGGCCUCCCGGCGGCCUCUGCAGGCCCAAAUCGUCCUGAAGUCGGCCUCUCCAGGCCCAGCUCCGGCCUCCUGGGGCCUCUCCAGGCGCAACGUGUCCUCGACGAGGGCCCCUCCGGGGCCAGCUCCUGCCUCCCGUCGGCCUCUAGAGGCCUGGCCUCUACCUCACAGUGGGCCCUCCAGGCCCACCACUUGCCUGGCACCAUGGCCUCCUCGGGCCAGGUUUCCGCCUCUGGGCGGCCUCCGCAGGCCCAGCUCCUGCCUCCCGGAGGCCAAGCUGGGACGUCACGGCGGCGUUUCACAGCCUAG